AUGUCUACAGUUUUCCGUCGGAUGAUGAGUACUGCUGGCUCCUAUGAGCACCUGCUUGUUUCGAAGCCUGCUCCUGGUGUACGUCUUUUGACGCUCAACCGCCCCAAGGCGCUGAAUGCUUUGAACAAUGCGCUGGUCUCUGAAAUCAACCACGCUAUCACUACGGCCAACCAGGACAAGGAAAUCGGUGCUAUUGUUAUCACAGGAAGCGAGCGUGCCUUUGCUGCUGGCGCUGACAUUAAAGCAAUGAAGGAUUUGAACUUUGCCAAGGCCUAUGGUGGCAACUUCAUUUCUCAUUGGUCCGAUCAGAUCAACAGCCGCAAACCCAUCAUUGCUGCCGUGAAUGGCUAUGCCUUGGGCGGUGGAUGCGAAAUUGCCAUGAUGGCUGACAUUCUGUACGCUGGUGACAAGGCUGUCUUUGGCCAGCCCGAAAUCAAGCUCGGCACCAUGCCCGGAGCUGGCGGAACCCAGCGUCUCACCCGUGCCAUUGGCAAGGUCCGUGCUAUGGAGCUUAUUUUGACUGGUCGCAACUUCACUGCCCAGGAGGCUUUCGAUUGGGGACUGGCUGCCCGUGUUUUCCCCGCAGAGAAGCUCCUUGACGAGGCUGUCAAGGCUGCUGCCGAAAUCGCUGGCAAUGCCCCUCUCGCUGUCAUGGCCUGCAAGGAUGCUGUCAACCAGGCUUUCGAGUCCAGUUUGUCCACCGGUGUCCGCUACGAGCGUAACAUCUUCUACGGCCUCUUCGGUUCCGAGGAUCGCCGUGAGGGUAUGACUGCUUUUGUUGAGAAGCGCAAGGCCGAAUGGAAGGGCGAGUAA